CACCCGCAUUCGCAAGCAAACCCUCUACUCUUCUACUCUUCUCUUCUUCUCCCCGAUGCCCGAGCGACACACCAAGCGCCGCCGAGCUCCGGCGAUCUCCAUCGGCCGCCGGUCUCGCCCCCCCAAGUUCUCACACCGCCGCUCCAAGCCACCGAAGACCUCCAAACUCAUCCGCCGAACUUCGUCGGAACCCAUCCUCUGGACCUUCCGACUUUAUCCCGGACGAAGGAGACCUUGGAAUCGGGGAGCCGGUGUUCCUCCCCCGACCCCAUACAUGCGCUGACAUCUUUGGUCCCUUGCCCCUCCGAUCUCCGUCCCCUUCCCCGCGCCUUUCCAUGGAGGGAGAGGAGGUGAAGGUGGUGGUGAACGUCACGGUGGAUGGCAGUCCUGGGCCGGUUCGGGCGAUGGUGCGGCUUGGGGCCAGCGUAGAGGAGGCCAUCGGCGUCGUUCUUGAUAGAUAUGGCCGCGAGGGACGCACCCCCAAGCUCGAUUCCUCCGCCGCCUCGUCCUUCCAACUCCAUCACUCCCAUUUCAGCCUUCACAGUUUGAAUAAAAGUGAGAAAAUUGGAGAUGUUGGAAGCAGGAGCUUCUACUUGAGGACGAACUCUAACAACAGUUAUGCAAGUGAAGAAAGCAAUGACAUCACCCCAGCAUCAGCAAGAGGUAGUGAGAUUGCGCUUGUAAGGACUGAUCUUACUCAACUCUUCUUUUCCUUCAUAACCCAAAGGCUACACAAGCUUGGCAGAAGAACAAGGAGGCUUUGGAAGGUGGUUGUUUGCAUGACUUGUGAUUAAUAAAACCUUUUAUUAUUAAUCAUUGUUCAUGUGUUUUUGACUUUGCACCUGCUUAACAUGGCUCAUGCCCUUAUAUUUUAAUUGGGCCCAUGUUAUUUGCUAAUAAUUGUCUUCUUAAAUUGAAAAUCCACUGCAACUGCGCUCGUGGUGUAUUCAAUAUAAUUAGUUACAUGUAUAUUAAUAGAAGCAACAAUCUAUGAUGUGGUUACUAACCGCUCUUGUUACAUUAUUGUAUUUGACUAAAUGAAUCCAUAUUGAGUAUGUCAA